AUGGGGCGGUGCGCGGGGAGGUUCCCGCUGCUCUGGCUGACGCUCGUCUUCCCCCCAUGGAAUGCGUGUCUGGGUGCCCACCAGGAGAAACCCUCUAGCAUCCCCUCAGAUAAAUUAUUAGUCAUAACUGUAGCAACAAAAGAAAGUGAUGGAUUCCACCGAUUCAUGCAGUCCGCCAAAUACUUCAAUUAUACUGUGAAGGUCCUUGGCCAAGGAGAAGAGUGGAGAGGUGGUGAUGGAAUCAACACUAUUGGAGGGGGCCAAAAAGUGAGAUUACUGAAAGAAGUCAUGGAACAUUAUGCCAGUCAAGAAGAUCUGCUUAUAUUAUUUACUGAAUGCUUUGAUGUCAUAUUUGCUGGUGGUCCAGAAGAAGUUUUAAAGAAAUUCCAGAAGUUAAACCACAAAGUUGUCUUUGCAGCUGAUGGAAUUCUAUGGCCAGAUAAAAGAAUAGCAGACAAGUAUCCCAUUGUGCACAUUGGGAAACGCUACCUGAAUUCAGGAGGAUUUAUUGGCUAUGCUCCAUCUGUUAACCGUAUAGUUCAACAGUGGAAUCUCCAAGAUAAUGAUGAUGAUCAGCUCUUUUACACAAAAAUUUAUAUUGAUCCACUAAAGAGAGAAGCUAUUAACAUCACAUUGGAUCACAAAUGCAAAAUUUUCCAGACCUUAAAUGGAGCUGUAGAUGAAGUUGUUUUAAAAUUUGAAAAUGGAAAAGCCAGAGCUAAGAAUAGUUUUUAUGAAACAUUACCCGUGGCAAUUAAUGGAAACGGACCCACCAAGAUUGUACUGAAUUAUUUAGGAAACUACAUACCUAAUGCAUGGACACAGGACAGUGGCUGCACUCUUUGCAAUGUGGAUGUAAUUGACUUGUCUGCAGUAGAUGUCUAUCCAAAUGUAACAAUAGGCAUUUUUAUUGAACAACCUACACCUUUCCUGUCUCGAUUUCUGGACAUGCUAUUGACAUUGGAGUAUCCAAAAGAAGUACUUAAACUCUUUAUUCAUAAUAAAGAAGUCUAUCAUGAAAAGGACAUCAAAGAAUUUUUUGAUAAAGCUAAACAUGAAAUCAGUACUAUAAAAAUAGUAGGACCAGAAGAAAAUCUAAGUCAAGCUGAAGCCAGAAACAUGGGAAUGGAUUUUUGCCGUCAGGAUGAAAAAUGCAAUUACUACUUUAGUGUGGAUUCGGAUGUUGUUUUGACAAACCCGAGGACUUUAAAAAUUUUGAUUGAACAAAACAGAAAAAUUAUUGCUCCUCUGGUAACUCGUCAUGGAAAGCUGUGGUCCAAUUUCUGGGGCGCAUUGAGUCCUGAUGGAUACUAUGCUCGAUCUGAAGAUUACGUAGACAUUGUUCAAGGGAAUAGAGUAGGGAUAUGGAAUGUCCCAUAUAUGGCCAAUGUAUACUUAAUUAAAGGAGAGACACUCCGAUCAGAGAUGAAUGAAAGGAACUACUUUGUUCGUGAUAAAUUGGACCCUGAUAUGGCUCUUUGCCGAAACACUAGAGAAAUGACUUUACAAAGGGAAAAAGACUCCCCUACUCCGGAAACAUUCCAAAUGCUCAGACCCCCGAAGGGUGUAUUUAUGUAUAUUUCUAAUAGACAUGAAUUUGGAAGGCUGUUAUCAACAGCUAAUUAUAAUACUUCCCAUUACAACAAUGACCUCUGGCAGAUCUUUGAAAAUCCUGUGGAUUGGAAGGAAAGGUAUAUAAGCCGUAACUAUUCGAAGAUUUUCACCGAAAAUUUGGUUGAACAGCCUUGUCCAGAUGUCUUUUGGUUUCCCAUCUUUUCUGAAGAAGCCUGUGAUGAAUUGGUGGAAGAAAUGGAGCACUAUGGCAAGUGGUCUGGGGGAAAACAUCAUGAUAGCCGUAUAUCUGGUGGUUAUGAAAACGUCCCAACGGAUGAUAUCCACAUGAAGCAAAUUGAUCUGGAGAAUGUAUGGCUGCAUUUUAUCCGAGAGUUUAUUGCACCAGUUACACUGAAAGUCUUUGCAGGCUAUUAUACAAAGGGGUUCGCAUUAUUGAAUUUUGUAGUAAAAUACUCACCUGACAGACAGCGUUCUCUUCGCCCUCAUCAUGAUGCGUCUACAUUUACCAUCAACAUUGCUCUCAAUAGUGUGGGAGAAGAUUUUCAGGGUGGUGGAUGUAAAUUUUUAAGGUACAACUGCUCCAUUGAGUCACCACGUAAAGGCUGGAGUUUCAUGCAUCCUGGGAGACUCACCCAUUUGCACGAAGGACUUCCUGUUAAAAAUGGAACACGAUACAUUGCAGUGUCAUUUAUAGAUCCCUGAGUUACUUCCUUUUCAUUGAAUUGGACUUUCCUUUCGGAAUGAGUGCCUGACAUGAGCAUGCCUUUGAAGCUGUGCUUGAGAAGAUGAGAGGAAUAUUUCAAUAACUUCAACAGAACAACUUUACUUUGGACCAAAUAUUUGAAAACUUU